UUUUUUGUUCCGUUCCCCUUGGUGAUUUUUCAAGAUGACGAAAUCACGUAAGUCGCGGGAGAUUCUAACGUCAGUACGUAAGUACGUAAGAAUUAGUGUUUUUCUAGAAAUGCCAAACGGGACAUAAAUUAACCCGUUUUACAGACAUACACUAUAUGGACAUGUCUUAUCAUGAAUUAUAUAAUAGUUUAACAUUUGUAUUUGCUCAUCGAUUCAUUUAUUUACACAUUUUGAUUUCCUACAAUGAAUGCUACUCAUCUCUCGAUAAAAAAUGUGUGUGUACACAGAAUUUUUAUCUGUGAGCUUGGUUGUCACAUUAAUGCUGUCACGAUAAUUCCCACAUAUUCUCAAGUAGUUCUAUCUGCACUAAAACCAUCCACCGGGAAAUGUAGUGGUACUAGGACCCAGGGCUUGCCUGACCGUGGAAUGGCCUAUCCCGGCAGUAAAUAUAGCCUUCAUUAGGGCAAAGUCAGGAAAAGGCUCGAGCUGACUGGCAGAACACCCCCUUGACAAGUCCUGCCUGAAGAAUAGUCAGUCACUACUCUAAACCAAGAGUGUGUGUGCUUCAUAGAGAGGGCAAGGGCAUUGAUGGAAUAAGUGAGUGUGAUUGUUGGUACAAGGUUUAUAGUAUCCUUGAUGUUUAUAAUAGUAAUUGUACUGUUUUUGCUUUAGGUAGGUAUUGCAUGUGUAUGAAUGUAUGCACUUGUGUUUAUUGAUCUGCCACAGUGUAAAAUGUUAUUGUGUGUUAAAAUUAUAUUGUUAAUUGUUUGUGAAUGAAUGUGUAUGAACAUAGAGAGAGGGGGCAGAAGAUCAGGUUUCCUGUAGGUGUGUGUGAUUGAAUGUAACACGAUAAUUUCAGCUAGGGGCAGUGCACAUUUCUGUUAAAGUACCACAGUCCUACAGUACAAGAUGCUUCAGCUGUGCAAGGUCACCAAAGCCCUGUUCAUAAGCAACGCACGCUCAGCCUGCAGUGACGACCUCAUCCAGCAGGAGGCGGUGACACUGUGUAUCAACGUCACCCGCCAACAGCCCUUUCCAGCAUCUCAUGUGGCCGUGCUACGCAUCCCUGUAUAUGACGACCCUAACGAAGACCUGUACAGCUACUUUGAUGCCUGCGCAGACCGCAUCGCAGAUGAGGCAGCGAGGGGAGGGCACAGCGUCGUCUACUGCAAGAACGGACGCAGCCGCUCCGCCACCAUUUGUUUAGCAUACCUCAUGAAGCACCGGCAGCUCUCAUUGGCUGAUGCCUUUAAGAAAGUGAAGACCUCUCGCUCAGAAGUAGAGCCCAACUCAGGGUUCUGGGCCCAGCUGGAAAGGUAUGAGCAAGAGCUGAAAAAGAGACGUGGGGAGGCAGGCACAAUGCCAGCCUGAAGGAUCCUCUACCUCUCAACACUGUUGAAACCAGAAUGCACCUUUAAACCAUCCAGAACCUGGGAAAUAUAGGUGGAGUAAAUGCUAAGCCUCUGUGGUAACUUGCACCCUAUAGUAUCUCGCAUCUUACACCGCUAUGCCUUCAAUCGAAAAACAUUAACAACACAGAAUAUAUGUUUUAUUUAAAUAUCUGUACAUCAGCCCUCUAUUGUGUGGCCAGUUCCCUGCCCUGCAAGGAGUUAUUUCCCAUAAGGGGUUCUUUUCCACUUUUUUGUUUUCUUUUUGUUUUUCCGUUCUGUGCAUAGCCUGGACACAAAUAUUUGCUAUAGAUGUAAGCCGCGAGUGCAGUCUGUAAACUGGUACCAAGCAUCUGCUGAACCUUAUAUUUUACUGCAGGGCUGUCCAACCUUCUGUAAGUUUCCCUCCAAACAACAUUGUUUUUGCAUCAAAUAUGAUUUCAUUUGACAAACAGCUAAUUAUUCAAAUCAGUUGUGUUGGAUUAGGGUUGGAAUGAAAAAAAUGAAAACCUACCGGACUGUAGCUUCCCAGGUACUGGGCAGCCCUUGUCUACUCUGUAAAAUUGAAAGAAAUUGCAGUGCCACUUUAUACCUCCAGAGAGAAACAUUUCCUCACUAAAAGAUGCAUCUAUUCAAAAACAACAGAUGAAACAAAAAAAUACCACUGGGGUUGCUUUUGGGGGAGUAAACAUGUGUACAUUGUCAAAGAAAAAAAAAAAGUACUUAAAAAAUUAA